AACUGAGGCAUUCUCACACAGAGUCUGCUCUCCAGGAUAGAUCUAUCAUGGAAAUGUCUAACUGGGGAGUACCAAACGCAGAUAAUCAAGCCUUCCAAUAUUGCUUUCCAAACAACAAUUUGUCUUGUACCAGAAGUAUCCGACCUGAAGCAGAGUACAUUGCUGUGUACAUUUUCGUUGCUGUAACAUCAGUGUUCACCGUGUUUCUGAACCUGUUGGUGAUCAUCUCCAUCGCGCACUUCAAGCAGCUCCACACUCCCACCAAUGUGCUGAUCUUCUCUCUGGCAGUGGCUGAUCUGAUUGCAGGACUGAUUCUCAUGCCAGUGCAGGGAAUGAAACUGAUUGAGCCAUGCUGGUACUUUGGAGAAAUAUUUUGCUCUAUAUUUCCUCUUAUUCUUUAUGUGGUUGUUGUGGCAUCUCUUGGUACUUUGAUUAUUAUAUCUGUGGAUCGAUUCAUUGCUGUGAAUGACCCUUUGCGAUAUCCAAUGAAGGUCAAUAAUAACAGAGCUGUUGUUUCUGUUGUUGUAAACUGGUUAUUCUCCUUCAUAUAUAAUUUUUAUCUGUUGUAUGAGUUUUUACUGUAUCCAGAGAGGAACCACACGUGUAUUGGAGAAUGCAUACUUUCUUUUAAUUUGGAAAAUAUAAUACUAGAUGCUUUUGUUUGUUUAGUGGUACCUUGCUGUAUAAUUGUUCCUUUAUAUGUGAAAAUCUGCUUUGUAGCAAACUAUCAAGCAAAGCAUUUAAAUUCAGUCACAGACAAAAAUGCCAGAUCAGAAAAAAAGGCUGCAAGAACCUUAGGGAUUGUAGUACUGGUUUAUCUUCUUUUUUGGACGCCAUACUAUUUAUAUUCUCUUUCUGGUGGGCAUGAUGAAAAUGACGCUCUUAUAAUUAAAGUAAUGGAUUGGAUUGUGUGCAUGAAUUCCUGUAUGAACCCACUUAUAUAUGCAAUGUUUUAUCGAUGGUUCAGACUGUCAGCAAAAUACAUUUUGACACUGAAAAUAUUUGAACCUUCAUCUGCAUACUUAAAUCUGUUCCCAGAAGAGAAAUGAUCACUUACACUCUCAUGCAAAAGUAAAUGAAAUAAUGUGUCUUCAAUUGAAAUAAAACCUCUUUAUAGAACAUUAGAUGGCAUGUAACAGCUGUUUUUUAUUUUAUUUAUUUAUUUAUUUUAAAUAUGGUGUCUAACAUGUAUAUUGUGAUCAUAUUUGUGAGUGACACUAUCUGCUCCAUUUUCUCUGUCUGAACAAAAUAACAGCAAAACUGUAGUAAUGCUGCUUAGAAGAUAGAUGUAAAAAGAACAUUUAAUAUUUGUCACACUAAAGUAGUUAUUACAUAGAUAAUCUUUAGUUUAAAUUAAAGAAAUCUUCUUUAUUAGAAGAAAGCAAGGUACAAUAUAUUUUGAUGCAUGGCCAUUGUAACUGCACUUAAAACAAUUAAGACAAAUGUCUUAAAUGAUUGAUGAUGGAAAAGAGUGAUGUUUAAUCAUUAUAAUGACAAUUAUUAUUAAGUUCCUGAUUUCUGCCUGUUUUUUGCCUUAUAAAAAAGAAUGAACCAAUUUCUACAG